GAGGCACGGAGGAAGAGGACAGCACGCAGACUUUCCACACACACGCGCUUCACUGAAACUGCGACCCUCGGCAGACGGAUUUAUUUCUCUGUGUGGAUGCAGCUCCUUCCUUAACGAUCAUGAACCAAUUAGCAAAGGCUCUGUAUGACAACACAGCAGAGUGUCCAGAUGAACUGGCCUUUAGAAAGGGCGACAUCCUCACAGUGAUAAAUCCAAACGUGGCUGGGACCAGCGGGUGGUGGAUGUGCUCUCUGUAUGGACGGCAUGGCCUGGCACCUGCAAACAGACUAAAGCUCUUACCGCAGAUGGUGACACCAGCAGUGCAUGAAGUGCUCAGGUCGACUCAUGGUAAAACUGAUGACAGUGUGCAAAAUAUCUACCAGACACCCAGCAUCCCCAGAACCACCAGCAGUCCUGCUUAUGAACGCAUGGACAUGAUCUACAAGGUCCCCUCUGCUCACUUAUUGGCUUCAAAAGGUCCAGAAGCACCAGGAUUUACGCCCAGCACAGCAGGACCCGAAGCACACAAGGUGUAUCCGGUCCCACCACCCCCUUCCCAGGACCCAAAUUAUGACAUCCCCAUUCCAUCAGCCACAGAAUCCCGAAAUAAAAUGAUAGAUGGAUACAACACCCUUCCCAGUUCUCGCAAACCUGAGUUGAUCUAUGAUGUGCCAGUGGGACCUGAGAAACAAAGUCCAUCCUGUCACAUCUCUGAUACCUUGUCCAGCAAAUCAAUUUGCAGGCAGAUGUAUGACACUCUUCCAGCACAUCGAAAAGAAAGUCCACCUAUAUUGCUUUAUGAUAUACCCAAACCAAAAUCUCCCGAUAUCCAAAUUACAACAAAAGUAUUACCAAAAGAUUACAACAAACUUCCAACCCUGAAGCCAUCAGAAGAGUCUGUAUAUGUGGUUCCAGCCAAGGAGGAACACGUCAUCCAAGGUGUCACCGAUCAGCCCAAUGAUCAAAACCCCAUAGAGUGCAGGGGUAACUCAAGCAAUGAUUUUGAGCUCCAAAGAGUGCGUCUGCAGCGGAUGAGGAACUUUCUGGUCUGUACAACCUUUCACGGCAUUCAAGAAAGCGGGCAAACUGCAUUGCGUGAAGAUGAGCAAGGUCGAAACAAGCAUCAGUCUGCAGCAGAUCAUCAAAGAAUCAGCACGGCCUCCAGCUCUUCCAACAGCUCCUGUGACUCUCUGGCCCUGAGCUCCUCUUCCCCCGAGCUUCUGCGAGAAGUAACACUCGGUCAGGAUGAGGCGUGCCGCAAACUGCUGGACUUGCAGGAGUCCGUUUGUGAAGCUGUGCCCAAACUCAUGCAUUUUGUCAGCAGUCAUUGGAGGUGUAAGGAACAUCUGGAGAAACAUCUCAAGGAGAUCAAAGAAGCAGCAGAGUUGAUUGUUUGUUCUCUGACAGGCUUCCUAAACUUUGCCCUAGAUGUUAAAGGAAAUGCCCGUCGUUUGACUGACGCCAACCUGCAGACCAGGCUCUUUAAACAGCUUUCCAUCAUAGAGGAUUCAGGUGUGAUUUUACAACAAACAGUGAUGAAUCUGAAUGAGGCCAAAUGGCCUCUAAAUAAGCUCAGUCAGGAACCGGGGAAGGUCCAGACACCUGACCAAUUGGAGCGCUUUGUUAUGGUGGCAAGAACUAUUCCAGACGAUGUAAAGCGCCUAGUAUCGAUCAUCAACGCCAAUGGCAAGCUUCUGUUCCGAACUCCUCAGAGAGAUCAAGAGUCUGCAAACACCACGGAUGCUCCAGAA